UGGUGACUCAGUUUUAGCUUCCGGACCGCUGGAGCUCGGAUGGGCGCCGCCGCGGUGCCGCCGGUGGUUCGUCCGGCCGGCGCCCGCACAACCUUCGCCGCCACGCUCUGCUCCUGUCGCCCUCCUCCUCCUCGGCAUCCUCUCCGGGGAGCACUCAGCACGAAGGCCCUACAAGAAACCCCCGUCCUCGUGCUCGUCCCUCAUGAGCUCAUGGUCUGACGCGCUGCCUGACGCGCGGUUCUUUGGCUGCGACGUGGGGGAAAAAUUGCAGCUUUGCUCCCUAUCCGAGUGACUAUUGGCUGUUCCGGGUGCGCAGAGACCUACACACUCCCAAGUCCUGGUGACGGUGGCCGGGGAAUCGACUCGAUGGAUCCGCCCACUCGGACGGUGUUACUCAAGCUGCUGCUUAGGAUGGAAUGGAUCCGCCUCACUUGCAAACUGUCCAAUCUGAUCCGAGGUUCAGUGGUGGAGGCGCCAGCCGUCAGACUGCCAGCUAUAAAUCAGCAAUCCUGUUCUACUGAUGCCACACCACACCAUCAUCAUUCUCUCAAGAAGAUCUGUUCACGAACUGAAGCAGAACCUGUCCGUCCACAUGCUUGCUUCAAGGUUAAUUAGCCCUGCAAGCAGAUGACGAUUGCAUCGACUAUGUUGAACAUAAGUGAAUCCAAAGUGAGCGCAGCAAAGGCCGCUGAAGAUUCAGCCUCUUGGCUGCACACAGAAAGAGGCAUCAUCGCCCAGGUGGAGGUGUUCUUCGUGCUAUCAGUUCUGCUACACACAGUCCAGGUCAUCUUUGGCUGGUGGAGGCGCCGCUCCAGCAACACGUACAUCAGGCACUUCCUCUGGCUGGCGUACACCAUCAACCCCCCUCUGCUGAUCUACACUCUGGGUCUUGCUCGGUCAUCGCCUUCUAUAGCUACAAGCGAGUUGCUUCGGGCGUGUGCUUUCCCCUUUGUCAUGGCCCUGGCUGGGACAAACUCCAUGACAGCCUACAGCAUCGAUGACAACAAGCAGAAUACGAGGCGCUCUGUUCAGCAGCUUCUGUGUGUGCUCAGCCUCAUCGCCAUGUGGAAGAUUGACAAUGUGUCAAAGCUGACGGAUUUCAGGUCUAUUACAUCCCUUGUCUAUGCCAUUGUAGUUUAUUUCUUACUUGCGUUGAUGAUCUCAAUGAAUGGGGGAAAAAUUUAUGCAAGUAUGACUGCUAGCAGUUCCUUGGACAAAGAAAGCAGAGAUGUUCAGGUUCACAUGAAGAGUGAGCACAUGGAAUCCACCAACUAUGAUCCUGUUACCUUGGCAGGCUACGGAUACCUUGUCUGUGACAAGAUUGAUGAUUCCUCUACAGCUGUUCAGCGUACAGAGAUUACAAUCGACAGGAUCUGGUCUUGUGAUGAAGGUCUGUUAGGCACAAGCAAUGGCAAACAGCUCAAGGAGGUAUGCCUGUCAUUCGCCUUGUUUCGGCUGAUGAGGCGUCGGUUCUUCGGGCUCUCUUGUCCUGAAUCAAAGCUUCAGAAAACACGUGACCUUGUCCUCAAAGGAUUGCUUUUGGAUUGUGAAGCUGCAUAUAGGGUAAUUGAGGCAGAGCUAGCCUUUGCACAUGACCACUUCUUCACCAGCGCUGCUUCUGGCAACACUGAACUUGGUAAGUGUACCAUCCUACUAGGCACUGCAAAAGCUGUUAUAUAUCCUCUCACAAUACUAGCUGUGGUUAAGGACUUCGUUCAUAGCAAAAGCAAAAGCUACAACUCAACAGGGAUGGUCAUUGCUGCAGUACUAAUCAUGCUACUGCUUUUAUCACUAGAGUUGCUACAGCUUUAUCUUUACUUAUCAUCUGAUUGGGCUAAGGUACAGCUUGUUCGUCGGUCUAUCUCUGGGAAAGAUAUUCCGUUCGGGUUCGAUAGGUUUUACAGUAAGCUUCCUCGGUUAUUGGGAUACUGGCAAAACGAAAUUGGGCAGCACGCAUUACUACAAGACUUGCAUGGUCGAUCAGGCAUUUAUGACACCAUAGGAUCCAUAUCUGGACGUUUCUUUGGUGAGUGUCUUGGAUACAGUACAAUUUCCUCAAGGUCAACUGAUCUUCCCAGGUCAAAACAUAUUCAGUUGACAGGGGAUGUGAAGUUAGCAAUUGCUCAGACUCUCAAAGGUAGUGAUGGCAACCUAUCUAAUGGCACAUUCUCAUUGCGACGCAAUGCGCAGCAUUGUCUUCUAUGGGCAUGCCAGCAGGAGCAUCACAGCAGCACCCUGCUGAUUUGGCAUAUCGCGACUGAAUACUGUGAUGUUGCAGGGUCCUGUGAUAGGGAAGAACAUUGUGUUGCCACAGUUUCCAACCGUAACAUUGCCGUUACACUAUCAAAAUAUUGUGCAUAUCUGAUGGCAUUUGUCCCAGAGUUGCUUCCUGAUGACGAAUUGGACACCAGGAUCAUAUUUGAGAUGGCGAGAUGCGAUGCCCAAAAUAUGUUUCCAAAACAUAUGGCUUUGCCUGAACUAUACAGAAUGAUGAGAACUUGUAGCGCGCGACUGUCAGAUGAGCGGAUUCUGACCAAUGGGUUUCUCCUUGGACGGCAACUUGAGGAAAUAGGAGAUGGCAUGCACUGGAAGGUACUAGUAGAUUUCUGGACUGAGAUGAUGUUGUACAUAGCUCCAUCAACCAAUGCAAAAGCUCACAUCGAACAUCUGGCAAAUGGAGGGGAAUUUUUGACUCAUCUUUGGGCCUUACUUCUCCACGCUGGCAUUCUAGAGAGGGAGCAAAAUACCUUUGAUGAAGAAGAUACCGCGGCAACUGCCAAGAUGGCGCCACAUCUGUCAUUUAACACAUUGUCCAAAACUGCUAACUCAUUCGUCAGUUAAGCCGGCAAAGCUAGCAGGCUGCAUAUAGCAAACGAAAUAUCUUAAAUGCAAGUUCUUGAGUAACAAACUCAUCAUCAUUUGUCAUCAUGUUGUUCUUUUCAGGCUUGUUUUGUUAGCAUUAGUGCGUGAUUGACAUCUAUUGAAUGAAAUAGAAUGUAGUGGAGAGGAUCUCCCUCUCUCUCUCUUUUUGGUUAUGAGAACAUGGACAUGGUCUCAUUUGACAUGUCCAGAGUUUUUAACUGCUCUAAUUCUGAGAUCAGGCUUUCAAAGAACCCUUUGCUGCUCAAAUUUCGAGAUCAGGCCCUCAAAGAACCUUUUGGAACUUUUGGUCUACUGAAUUUUUAGAGUUGUUCCAUUUGGGUCCAGCAUUCUUGUUAGAAAAUAAAGUACUCCCUCCGUCUUAAAUUGUAAAGUGUUUUGAUUUUUCUAUAUGUUUUUGCUAUGUAUCUAAAUAUAGCCAGUAUCUAGGUGCAUAACAAAAUCUGUGUAAUGAAUUACAAUUUGACAUGAAGGAACAAUUUAUCAGGUAGGUCCAGAGAAGUAGGCUUGCAAUGCUACAACUUUUGUAUUUAGUGAGAAUUCGAUAAUUGGACCACAAGCACAUGUUCAAUCA